ACUGUCAGUCAAGAGGACAAUGACCCCAGCGCCCGAAAUCCGAUGCUCUAUGACCCACUGCAGGACGGUGUGGUUAGGACUUCCAAAAGGAUGCAGUACGUUGCCGCACUGGUUGUUUGUCUCGGUGCUGUAGCUGCUGGCACAGCAUUAGCAUGGACCUCGCCAGUGUUGCCACAAAUUAGCGCUCCUCCUGCAACAAAUGCGACUAUUACAAACUCGACCAUUACAAAUUCGACAAUUUCCAAUGAGACGAUAUCAGCGACAACAUUGGCGCCGCCGCCAGUUGACCCUUCAGGGUUGCAAUUAACGAUCGAGCAACAAACAUGGGUUAGUUCUCUAGUUGCUAUUGGUGCUUUCUUCGGUGCCUUACCCACUGGUUAUAUAGCUGAUGCAAUUGGCAGACGUUACACCGCACUUAUUAUGGACGUACCUUUCAUUGUGGCAUGGCUGGCNAUUCGCAAUUCACUAAUAGGCAUUUCAACCGGAAGCUUUUGUGUUGUUACACCCAUGUACAUAUCGGAGAUCGCGGAGACAAGCAUACGUGGCACUCUGGGCACACUGUUUCAACUGCUGUUAACCUUUGGCAUAUUGCUGGUUUACCUUAUUGGUGCAGUGGUGUCUUGGACCACGCUGAGUGUCUUGUGCCUGAUGGUGCCGAUCGCGCUAUUCAUUGGCAUGUUAAUAUUGCCAGAGACGCCUACCUAUUUGUUGAAGAAGGGUCGUCGCGGUGAUGCUGCUCUGUCGCUGAAAUGGCUUUGGGGUCGCUAUUGUGACUCACGCUCGGGAAUACAAAUGAUUCAAGCAGAUCUGGAUCAAGCCGGCUCGGAUGCCUCCUUCAUCGAUCUGUUCCGCAAUCGCGCUGCUUUCCAAGGUCUCAUCA